UAGAUGGAAGCCAGUGUGAGUUUGAGGUUCUGCAGGCAGGAGGUGUUUGAAGAACCAUGUGAGCUCUGUUCGUGAUGUAAAGACGGAUCCUUUCGCUUUUAUUUGAUUUUUUUUUGACUCCCCGACAGUUAUGAGCAUGCACCCCGCAACUUGUAACCACUGGGGGCUCUUUUCUCGCUGAUGAUGCGUUGGAGUUACGCGUGGAUUUCUUCCAGGCUGUCCGACAGAACUCAUGAAACCCUCUUCAGAGCGACGGUUUGUGGACUUGCGCAUUAGCUAAUGAUGUCUGUGGGUUUUAUCCCUGACAGUCUGAAUGGCUCAGAUCCCUCCAAGUCGGCCUUUCUAGAAUUCGGACACGGACACUCGACGCACCAGCAGCACUCCUCCGGACUCUCUCACGUUUAUCCGGUUCACGCUUCUGCUCAAACUCUGUGCUCUGUGUUUCAUCUUCAAGACCACGACAAGUCCUCUGUGAUUGAAGGCAGAGACAUUCGUCUAAAUGGAAAAGGGAAGAAAAUUCGCAAGCCUCGGACCAUCUACUCCAGUCUGCAGCUGCAGGCUCUGCACCAGCGCUUCCAGCAGACACAGUAUCUGGCCUUACCGGAGCGCGCAGACCUUGCGGCAAAGCUGGGGCUCACACAAACUCAGGUGAAAAUAUGGUUUCAAAAUAAGCGCUCCAAGUACAAAAAGAUCAUGAAGCAUGGCAGCGGAUCAGAGGGAGAACAUCUCCACGGCACCAGCUCCAUCUCUCCCUGCUCGCCCGCAUUGCCCCAGCUAUGGGAGGUCUCUAUGGCGAACAAAGGAGCCCCGGUCCAUCCGAGCAGUUACAUGAACACUUUCGGUCAUUGGUAUCCGAAUCAUCACCCUCAUCAUCAGGACGCGAUGCACAGGCCUCAGAUGAUGUGAGUGGACAGUUUUUGGACACUUGAGUCCAUCGGGCUGCACUGAACUUGCUGGUGCCUCCAGAGGCCUCCUCUCAGAACUGAGAGUUUAGGAGACCUUGUUUAUAUUCACUGUAUUUUGUGUGUGUUUUGAAUUUUAAAAUUCUCACUACAAGAACUAUUCAGGCAUCAAAGAAAAAAAAGGGAGGGGCGUUAUAUCACUGCAAGCUCUUGUUGCAGGGUCUGACAUCAGUGAAACGUGGGUUUGUGUGUGCAGUUUAAAAGACAUUCUGGAUAA